AUGAAUUGUUCAAAAAUUGAAGUUUGUUAAAGGCAAAACAAUAUUACAUCCCCUGUCAAAACACCAACCACAAUGUCAUCGCCAACGCCACUCUCCAAAAUUCAGUUUUCUGCCUUGGCCCGACCAUAAUACUAUUGCCAGGUAGGUAUAGCUAUUAUUAUUAUUAUAGUAAAAACCAACCCACUUUUUUACAUAAUUUCUCUUAGCUCACACAGAACAAUAAAAUCGUUUUUUAUGA